UGAGGAAGCUUCAAUAGGAGACUAUGUCAGAAAAGAAAAAAGCAAAAAAGGAAUCUGUAAGAUUGGAGUAGCGCAGAUAAAAGGAAGCAUAGGAAUGUAGCUUUAUAAUAGAAAACAUAAGCAAGGCUAUCUCCAAACUGAGUUCUCUAAACAAAAAUGCCAAAAGAUGAGGAAGAGAAAACCUGUUCACGGCUCAGAAAUGAACUCCGUGUUUCUCUGGAGAAAAUUCAGGAUGUAGAGGAAGAGAAUAAGAGCUUAAAAGAGGAGCUCCUCCAUCUAAAAGCUCAGAUUGCUUCCCUCCAGCAACAAGUUGAUAAGAAGAAGUCCAGGUGUUCUAAAACCAGCAACGGUUUGUCACUUGACAAGCAGAUUCCUAGUAACAAUGCAGAAGAAUCUUCAGUAGCUAACAGCUUAAUUAAUAGGAUAAAGUUCUUUGAGGGGCAAACCACCACCAAGGAGAGACAGCCGCGAGCAGCACAGCUGCCACCUAGGCCUAAGUACUUUCCUUUAGUGCAAAACUUGGGAGGAAAAGAAGCACUUUUAUCUCCAACAACGCCUCCACCUCCACCACCUCCACCACCUCCACCACCUCCACCAGUGAGGUCAAGAAGCAUGCUCUCCAAUGCAGUGCGCAGGGUACCAGAAGUAGUGGAACUUUACCGCACUCUAACAAGAAAAAAGGGAAAGCUAAACACAAGAACUUCUAUGGCAGGGAUUCCAGCAGCAAAGGAUUCCCGUGACAUGAUAGGAGAAAUCGAAAACCGCUCAGCCUAUCUCUCAGCUGUGAAAUCAGAUGUGCUAAACCAACGUAAAUUCAUCGAUUUUCUGUCCAAAGAGGUUGAAAGUGCAGCCUUCAGAGAUAUCUCUGAUGUGGAAUGUUUUGUUAAGUGGCUGGAUGAGGAGUUAUCUCACUUAGUAGAUGAAAGAGCAGUGCUCAAGCACUUUCCACGGUGGCCCGAACAGAAAGCAGAUGCAAUGAGAGAAGCAGCUUUCAAUUACCGGGAUCUAAAGAACCUUCUCUCUGAGAUUUCAUCAUUUCAAGGUGACAUGAAUCGACCUGCACCUGUUGUGCUCAAAGUCAUUCAGGCAUUACAAGACAAAUUAGAACAUAGCAUUCACAACCUUGAGAAGACGCGGGAUAGCACAAGCAAGAGAUAUCGAAACUUCAAGAUUCCCUGGCAAUGGAUGCACAACUCUGGCAUUAUUGUUCAGCUGAAGUUAGGCUCUUUAAAUCUAGCCAAAGUAUCUAUGAGGCGAGUUGUGACUGCACUACAAUCUGACUCAUGUUCUGAGGAAAACGAUUUGUUGCUUCAAGGUGUUAGAUUUGCUUUCCGAGUACAUCAGGUAGUUCUCUCUAAUGCAUUGUACUUAUCUAUUAGUAUUCGUCGACUGAUUCUGGAGAACAUGAGCUUCUCAUUCCAGUUUGUUGGUGGGUUCGAUGAGGAGAGCAGGCAUAUAUUCCAAGAACUUCAGACAUUGGCCGACUGUUUACUGUACAGUGUAAAACAACCGGAAGAAUGA